AUAUCGAUUACUUAUCACCGCCAUUACCUCUCCUCCGCGGAGUUUCCGUUGCCCCUCAAACGCAAAAUGGAUGGCUUGGGGGACGACGGCAUGGGCUUCGACCCGCCUAUGAUGAACCACACCCCACAACUAUUCAACUACGAUCAUACUCAGAUGCAAGCGGGGUCUAUGUACGAUGAUUCGUCAUUAGGCGCGGGGGACGAGACCAACGAUGCGAAGAGACGGAGGAUCGCGAGGGCGUGCGAUAUGUGUCGGAAGAAGAAGAUUAAAUGCGAUGGGAAAAUGCCAAAAUGCUCACACUGCAUCAACUACAAGACGGAAUGCAUUUUCACACAAGUGGAGAAGAAGCGGAAUCCCCCUAAAGGAGCGAAAUACAUCGAAGGUCUGGAAAACCGACUAGGCCGGAUGGAGUCGUUGUUGCGUUUGUCGGGUCUGUUGUCAGAAGACGAUGGUGGCAAGACGGAUCUCGGGACAUUGGAGAAGCGGCUCGCGGAUCGAACGAAUGCGUUGAACGCAGCGAAAAGCUCCAACAUGUUUCUGGCUCAAGCGGCUGCAGCACAACAGGCCCCAAGCUCCCAUCACACCACACCUCGUAUGGACUCCAACUCCAGUCCUCAGACCGCCGCUACAUCACCAGAGUCGCAGAAGUCAGAGACCGAAGUCGAAGCGCUGUCGGAUAUGAUGUGUUCUUUGGUGACAAACAACUGCGGGGAGACUCGGUAUAUCGGAUCUUCAUCUGGGUUUUCUAUAUUCUCUCAAAAGGGCAUCCAAUGGGUUAAUGAGAAAACUGGCGAUACAUCCUUCCAGGACAUGAUCUCGUCGGCAUAUGUCGAUGACAAUAAAUGGAUGUACUGGAAACCCGAGAUUUUCAGCGAUAUCUUCGCAAGACGUGUAUUCAAGCCUCUGCCGCCAAAGGAGGAAGCUCUUUCUCUUUUCAAAGACUUCUUUGAAAACUUCAAUUGCAUGUUCCCAUUGUUCCACGAAGCGACAUUCAUGCACCUGGUGGAGCGGCAAUACUCGCGCGAUCCCUAUGAGGGAUCGGGCUGGUGGGCAAGUAUAAAUGUUGUCCUGGCGAUUUCUCAUAGGCUUCGGGUCAUGAGUAACUUAGUACCACACGAAGAAGACAAAAAAGCUUGGCUUUAUUUGAAGAACGCCAUGGGAGUUCUGACUGAGCUCACAAUGCGCAACACCGAUUUAUUGAGCGUGCAGGCGCUAUUGGGCAUGUCACUCUUCCUUCAGGGAACCCCUAACCCACAACCUGCUUUCUUCCUAGUCGCUGCGGCGAUUCGACUUUCCCACAGCAUUGGUCUACACAAACGCGGUUCUAGCUUUGGCCUCAACGUGGUUGAAGUUGAGCAGCGGAAGAGAGUGUUCUGGAUCGCCUAUCUUCUUGACAAAGACAUUUGUCUACGCUCUGGUCGACCACCAGUACAAGAUGACGAUGAUAUGAAUGUCGAGCUGCCAAGCGAAGAUCCUCCAGACAAUGUUGGAAAUGUGCCAUUAUCUGAUGGUAAAAGCAAGUUCAACCUAUUCCGGGCAUUUUGUGAAUUUGCCACUAUUCAAAGCAGAGUAUACAAGCGACUUUAUUCUGCCAAAGCAUCGAAACAAUCAGACGGUGAAUUGCUCAAUACAAUCGGUAAACUUGACAAGGAGCUGGAGGACUGGAAAGACAGUAUUCCUAUCGACUUCCGCCCCGAAUACGACAUCCAAGCUACCCACACCCCCCUCAUCAUCCACAUGGUCGUUCUACAUUUUGCCUACUACAAUUGCUUGACCACCAUUCAUCGGAUGUCGGUUCAUCACGGGUAUUGGACAAGCCGUCUGUCCAAUUAUGCCAUACAAGGGUUGAAUGCACGGCCCUUGAACCCUAGGGUAUUCUUGUCGGCAGUUUUGUGCGUCACUGCGGCCAGAGCAUCGAUUAAUUUGAUCAAGUAUAUUCCGCAAGGAGAUUUUGCUUGUGUUUGGCUGAUUCUCUACUAUCCGGUGUCUGCCCUUGUGACUCUUUUCGCCAACAUCCUACAGAACCCCAACGAUGCGCGGGCUCGAUCAGAUGUUAAAUUAAUGAGCGUGGUAGUCAGCUUCCUGUCCACCCUGGUCUCUGAUGAAUCCAAUGGCAGCAUCAAGCGUAUGCUAGGUCUUUGUGGGGAAUUCGAGAGAAUUGCCAAGGUGGUCUUGGAUAAAACCGAAAAAGAGUCUCAUUCGCGCAAGAAACGCAAGAAUGCAGAAGACUCUACAGGCGCAGCCGACGAGCAGUCGGCAACUUCACCCUCCGCCAAACGUACACAACUACCGCCCACCUCUGCACCCUUCUCCCCCUCCGUGUUUACCAACCCUACGGCUGCCGCCGCCCACUCGCCCGGCACAGGAGGACCAUUCCCGGGGACUACAAUGCCCCCAACAAAUAAUCUCCCCGCCGACCUCCCAAGCAAUGUCCAUGCCAUGUCUGGCAUUGGGCACGAGUUCCCGGACAUGAUGAGUCCUGAUCAAAUGGCUAGUGUUGCAUUCUCUGACCAACACCCAUUCAGUGCCAGCCCCGGUAUCGCAUCAUUCCAGCAGCCAUUUGUCCCACAAGAUCUCUGGCAGAUGCCAAUGACAAUCGAGUGGGACUGGGCGGAUAUGUCCACCAAUUUCCCUCCUUUUGAAGGAGUUGGCCCCGGCGGGCCGCUGCCAGGGCAGUGA